UCGAUCAACGUUGUUGCAAAAUAGGAAAUAUUAGUUUGCUACUUCCAGCCCUUCCAGCUGCAGCGAUGUUUUUGCAGGGCAGAAAUUAGAAUCGCACUAAGCGCGAUUGGCAACGCUUCGGUGGCGUGACGAAUCGAAAAAGUUCAAAACAGUUGCAUGGCCCCUGGAGAACAGGGCGAACGGGUGAUGAUGUUUGUGGAAACUAUGGCUCGUCAGCUUGGACCGAGAGCUUGCGCUACCGAUGCGACGCACCGCCCGACCGUCGCUGCCUGCCCGCCCGUCCGUCCGUUGUCUUGGGUGGAAGGUGUCAUAAACGUUGGAUGACCGUCACGGUUUGUCUGUACUGGCUUGGUAUGGUUUUGUUUCGUUUUCUUUUGCACCGGGCGCGUCGUGGAUGUGCGGUGCCGGGAACUUCUCCUAAACGAGAUGAUCCUCCCAACGAAGAGCUGGCAGCAGAUCUAGGCGGUAGGCAGAACGACGCAACGGGUCACACACUGUGUACCUACACGGCGGCGAACGCUUUGGGCCGUCCGUCACAGCAGUCGUAAAAUGGGUGUUAUGCGCUUUUGCGUGAACAGAAUGUGCGCGCGUACAAAAGGGGCAAGAACUGCAGCUGAACGUGGUUGUGCAGGUUUCGCUGUGUGCACUUGCACUGUGAGUUCAAUUUUUAUACGCUUAAACUUCACAGCUUCCGAACGCUAAAGGGUGAGCCGGUGAGAAUGUUACAGACUUAAAUACACCGUUUCGAUGCCAUACUUUAUGGAGAACGAUCAUACGAUCGUCCCUGAAGGAUCAUAAAUCCCCUUUGUACAAGAAAUGACCACGAGAGCCUUGAGCAUACAAAGCAAUCAGCUUGAACCGCCUAGCCACGCGACAAUUCGUUCGUUGCGUUUGUGCAAUCGACGCUUGGUCUUAAGCUUAACAUUUGUUUGUUUGCACCAAAGAAAUCCAUAAUGCACUCUUAAGGAUCGAAAUUUGAUCACUCGUCUGUUAGCACAGGACGAGUGGUGAAGCGCAAAUAUUUAGAUUGGCCCAGGUAGUACCAGCCCAUUCUUUCGGAAAUGGGCAACAGGCUGAAGAAGAAAUUUGUACCACCAUUUGUUAGUUUGGCUAAAGGAUGUUGAUCGUUUCCAUUUUUGUUUUACGAACUGCAUUAGCUGGAUACCGAUACACUUUGCUUUGGUGCACAUCUCUCGAAAUCGAUACUCCAGCGAUGACCCUGUCUGUAUCCCGCUGGUGUGGACACACACGCAAAUAGUUGCAAUAAAUGGGCAAUAAAGACGGAGAAAAAGCCUUCGAACCGUCGAAACGGCCGGCGGAACAAGUGGGGAUGCAUAUUGUCGAGGGUUUGGAAGAGCCGAGUUAUGGUGCGAUCGUGGGUGCGUACAAGUCGCCAGUUGUAGUGUCCCCGCAAACUAGCACGCAACACCAUCAGGAGCAACAUCACCAUCAGCAGAGCAUCGAUAACGGAAGUAAACAGACGGAAUCACGAUCGCAACCGACCGAUAGCGAAUCGGACAGCAAUAUCGGCCGAGAGGCAGGAUCUCCGGCAGCCCACCUGGUAUCGCGUGUAGACAGUGAUCGAACACGUGAAGUUGGCAGUAGUGAAAGUGGUGGUGGAAGUGAUAUUAACAGAACAUCGGCGCACGAGCACACCACCUUGCCCGGGAGCACGUCGGAAGCCGGGAGCACUCCACCGACCAGCAACACUCCCUCGGUGAUUACUUCCUGCUCAAAGUUAAUGUUAGGGUCGGACCCGGUGAAGGUGUCUACGACGUACGGAUCGGAGCAGCACCACGAAGCGAGCCCGGUCGGGUCCAGUUCGCCUCCCCGUUUCUCUACCCUACAAACUGUUAUCAACAGCAGUGGGGCCGGCGCAGGCUACACAACGUACCCAAACCAUUGGCCGUGCGAUUUAAGCUAUAAACCGGUGGAGCAUCGACCCAACUCCCCUUCGGGAGAACCUUCCACAGCCACGGGAGAGCUUUCGCGCCAACAGCCAACUCCUCCGCGGGCAGUUUACAUCGGUGAUCCGGACGCGGGUGUGUCUUCAUCGCCUUCGGGUCAUCUGUCCGUGGUCAGCCACCUAAACCCGCUCGUGUGCUCGAACGAUCCUUCACUAAUAAGCGGAAUGCGUGGAGGACUGCUUUCGAUGUAUUCAUCGUACGCGCCCCAUCAUCACGAUCACCUGGACGAGGCAACAGUCCUGCAGCACCAUGUGCAGGAUUCGCAUCUCCGAGGUGACGACGAAAUGUCUGCGCUUCAUCACCAUCUACAUCAACACCACCAGCACCAGCAGCAGCAGCAACAGCAGCAUCAUCACUCCCAACACCAUCAUCAUGACGUACAACAGCACAGCAUUGACGACAUGAUCGCCGAUACGCUGAAAGACGAACAGUGUGGAAUCGUGGACAGCUACCUAACGCCCACCAUGGUGAGCGAUCAUCACCAUCAUCUCGCGGACUCCCCUACGCAUCACGGUGUGCAUCACCACCAGCACCAGCUGUCGCAACAACACCUGCAACAUGGCCACGGAAUGCAUGAAUCGAAAGAGUACGCCAGCAUUUAUCACAACAACAAUGACAAGAGUGUCAUCAACUAUAAUCACGCAGCCACAGUCGUAGCGCAUCACCAGCAGCAGCAGCAGCAGCAGGCGGAACAUCACCAGCAGCAGCAACACAAUCACACCCAUACCAGUAGCGGCGGCGAGUCGCGCAGUCCCGAGUAUUCGCACGCGCAUGACGAGUACGAUGGCGGAUUGCAGAGCUUCACUCAGUUGAUUAAUGUGCCUCGAGCGAGCGAUACGGCGACGUCGAUGUACCACCGGCACCAAAUGUCAGCAGAGGCUGCAGCGGCCGUUGCAGCUUCGACGGCCGCUACGACGGCAGCCCUCGCCUCGUCGAACGGUGGUCAAACACCGACCACCACCACCUCCUCACCCGGACCGGCCGAGCACUUGAGCCAUCUAGGCGGGACGGGUUCGGGCACGGGAGCUUCCGUGCUGCUACAUUCGAUCGGAAACGGUGGUCCGGAACCGGUAGCAGGCGCCGGAACCGAUGGAAGCCUCUCCAUUUACGACACACUCCAGACGAGCGUUCUUUCGGGCGGUCCUUCGUACGGUCGCUGCUCGUUCCCGGCCAUGCAGUACUUCAACGGAAGCUCCGCCGAUCAUCUAUGGUCGAGUGGCGUUUCCGGUAUGGAGAGCGAAUACAUGAAAGGGGCCCUGCCCGGCUUCCAGCGGAUCGUUUCCGGCACCAGCACGUCGCGUGCCAAUCCCUACAGCACCGUCUCGACGUCCUACCCCCAACAGAACGACACAUGGUCGCAGCAUUACGAUACCAGCAGCAUCGCGUACAGUGUGGCAACGUCUAGCACCACUCCGGCCGUGGCUAAUAGACGGGCGGCGGUGGCCACCACCACCACGACACACUUCCCAGCGGCAGCGUCACUGACAGCACUGGGCCUCGAUGCGGACUUGUUUACGGAGGGACGAGAGUGUGUCAACUGUGGCGCUAUUCAGACGCCCCUCUGGCGUCGCGACGGAACUGGCCACUACUUGUGUAACGCGUGCGGACUCUAUCACAAGAUGAACGGCAUGAAUCGUCCGCUGGUGAAACAACCAAGACGUUUGAGUUCGGCUAGACGCGUAGGACUGCAAUGUUCCAACUGCAACACGACCAACACUUCGCUGUGGCGUCGCAAUCAGGUCGGUGAGCCCGUUUGCAAUGCGUGCGGAUUGUACUACAAGCUGCACAACGUAAAUCGACCGCUAGCAAUGAAGAAAGAUAAUAUACAGUCUCGCAAACGUAAACCGAAGGGAAGCAAAAACAGCGAUGGCAGCAAAAGUAACGCUAGUAACGCGUCGAGCAACCGUCAGAACAGUUCGAGCAGUAACAGUAUAUCCGAGACACCGAAAAAGCAAGACGGUAUAAAACUGUUGAAUCUGGGGGAAAACUCCAGUUUCGAGAAGAUGAUGCCAUCAUCACCGUCGAGCGAGGGCAGCAAUCAAUCGCCCUCACAUCACAAUCAUAUGUCACCGAUUUGCUACACCCAGCAGGUGCCUUCCCCGAUCACCAGCACCCCAUCCAGCGGUGCUAUUGUUAACAACGGCAAAUACAACCAGCAACCGAAGGCUGGCAAUGCCUUUAUGCUGCCCUCGCCCACACCGAUGAACAUGUUCGUUGGCAGUCCAACUGGCGGCGUAUCUGGCGGACAGCAUCACCAUUCUCACCAAUCUGCUGCUGCUGCUGCUGGGCCGCUGAGUCCCGUAAGCUACAGUAUGUCGGGUGUCGGUGCUGGACACGGCAACAAUAACGGAUCGAUUGUAAGCUUGAAAUAUCAGCAAAGCCCACCACAGUCCCCGGAGGACAUGCUGUACUACGAUAUGCUGCCUGCCGAUGUGAACGGUAGCGUCGAUCAGCAUUCGAUGGCCACGAUUGUAAAGAUGGAACCGUCAAGCGGAAGCCACUAUGGCGGUUACCAGCAAGCGCUGCAUCACGAGGGACUCGUUGGAUCGCUGGGACAUGGUCAGCACGGCUCAGCUCACAAUCAGCACAGUCGCAGUCCCUCGGUAGCGGAUGAUGAGGGCAAUCACGGGCAGCAGGAUAUUAUCGAGAGCAAGCACAACAUCAACCGCCCAACCGUGGUAUCGAUGUCCCGAUAAAAAGGGAACGGUGGAAGAUUUCUAAAACAAAAAACAAGUAAACACCUCAAAGGGUUAUUCGUACGUGCAGAUGAACGAAUCUCACACGUCUCGUUCUGUCUGGCUCUGUCUGCAGGGAAGCUUAUGAUACCAAAUGAACUGAAUCACACAAAAGACUCGACGAAUGUUAAACAUGUUAAGGAAUUAGUUUUAUAGAUGAUAGAUGAUACAACUUUCUCGUUGGGUUAGUAUAAAUCAGAUGCCGAUUCAAGGCAAGGGCGAGUCAUAAUUCGGGGAUAAGAACGGGGGGAAAAACGUUGUUGAAUUUGUCUUGCUUCGACUAUAUUGUUAGGAAAAAUUACAAAAAAGACAAAAAAAAAUUGAUAAGCCAGCAAAAGGUUUAGCAUUGUAGUUAGAACAAAAACAAAAAUGAUGGAACGAGUGUAUUCGUCUAAUCAUGCCAAUGUAUCGAUCGAAUCAGAAUGUAAAACAUUUGCCAGAAGCAAACUGUAACAGAUCUGUUCGUUCGCCUAUAGCGCGUGUAUAUCGUAGGUUUGCUCCUGGAUAGAGCAGGCAACAUAAUAAGUAGCUGUAAAUAAUGUUCCCAAACAAUGUUGUACAGAACAUAUCAGCUCUCUGGAUACUUCGUAAUCGUUCCAAAUUUGUUAGACGUGUAAGGCAAAGUGUAGUGCGUUAAGUUUGAACCGAGAUCUGAAAUUAGGCGUGUGGCGAUCGUGCUGCAGAACUUUAGUUCAAUGUUGUAUCAUAUCUUUGUUUGGUUCUUCUUUCCUUCUCAACCUAGCAGUAAGUUGUCAUGUGUGUUUUGUUUGAACAAGAAAAAGAAAAUCACUCGUAAUAGUUUUAGAGCUAGACACUAUGCAAUACAUAAAUAAAGACAAGCUUGUAUAAAAACA